AUGGAAACAAAAACAUCACAACAACAAAGUGUAAAGGCUCUUUUAUAUUUCGCAGUUAUUACAGCUCUCGAUUUAAAAGAAGAAGAAAAAUGUGAAGAUGGUUUGUCAAAAUAUAAUAAUAAUGCCGGCAUCCUUGGAGUAAUUUUAAAUAAAAAGUCAAUUUUCGCUUUAGUAGUAGCGGCUUCGGGGGUAGCGGCAGAGGAUGAUGGUGUAAAGCGAAGACGAUCAGAAUUUGAAACUUGGGUACCAUUAAUAGUGAGUGGCUGUGGUGAUGUAGAAUUAACUUUGUCGCUGAGAUCAUUAAUAAGUUUUUCAAUUCUGUUAAUUCGCUCACUCAAAAUUUUCAAAUAUUCGUCGGAUUGA